GAAACAAUGAGCUCAACACAGAAGGACCAACAUGGAGCCAGAAGUCAGCGCUCUCAGGAGGCCGACAAACCUCACAGAAGAAAGAGAGAGAAAACAUACACCUGUGACGAGUGUGGGAAGGAUUUUGCUGUGAAGGCUAAUCUAAAACAUCAUCAGGUCAUCCACACUGGAGAGAGACCGUUCAGCUGUGACUUGUGUGGAAAGUCUUUUUCCUGGAAGGAAUCCCUAAAACAACACCAACUCAUCCACAGUGGAGUUAAAGCGUACAGCUGUGAUCAGUGUGGCAGAGCUUUUACUCACAGUAGCAGCUUACAGAGUCAUCUAGUUACCCACUCUGGAAUUAAGGCAUACAGCUGUGACAUUUGUGGAAAAACCUUCAGCCGGAGAGGGAACCGAAAUGCACACCUACGCAUUCACACCGGACAUGAUGUGUACUGCUGUGAUCAGUGUGGCAAACAGUUUACAACACAUGCAAUGUUACAACGCCACAUGUUUACCCACACUGAGGAGAGACCUUAUAAAUGUGACCUGUGUGAGAAGACUUUUAAAACUCCACGCUACCUGAGACAACACCAACAGAUCGACACCAGAAAGAGACUCUACAAGCGCGGUUACUGUGAGGACCAACAUGGAGCGAGAAGUCAGCGCUCUCAGGAGGCCGACAAACCUCACAGAAGAAAGAGAGAGAAAAAACACACCUGUGACGAGUGUGGGAAGGAUUUUACUUUGAAGACUUCACUAAAGCAGCAUCAGGUCAUCCACACUGGAGAGAGACCGUUCAGCUGUGACUUGUGUGGAAAGACUUUUUCCAGGAAGAGUACCCUAAAAACACACCAACUCAUCCACAGUGGAGUUAAAGCGUACAGCUGUGAUCAGUGUGGCAGAGCUUUUACUCAAAGUGGCCAAUUACAGAAGCAUCUAGUUACCCACUCUGGAAUUAAGGCAUACAGCUGUGACAUUUGUGGAAAAACCUUCAGCCGGAUAGGGAACCGAAAUGCACACCUACGCAUUCACACCGGACAUGAUGUGUACUGCUGUGAUCAGUGUGGCAAACAGUUUAUAACUUACAUGCAGUUACAACGCCACAUGUUUACCCACACUGAGGAGAGACCUUAUAAAUGUGACCUGUGUGAGAAGACUUUUAAAUCUCCACAUUACCUGAGACGACACCAACAGAUCCACACCAGAAAGGGACUCUCCAAGCGCGGUUACUGUGAGGACCAACAUGGAGCGAGAAGUCAGCGCUCUCAGGAGGCCGACAAACCUCACAGAAGAAAGGGACAGAAAACAUACACCUGUGACGAGUGUGGGAUGGGUUUUAUUGAUAAGACUUCACUAAACCGUCAUCAGUUCAUCCACACUGGAGAGAGACCGUUCAGCUGUGACUUGUGUGGAAAGACUUUUUCCAGGAAGAGUACCCUAAAAAGACACCAACUCAUCCACACUGGAGUCAAAGCAUACAGCUGUGAUCAGUGUGGCAGAGCUUUUACUCACAGUAGCAGCUUACAGAGUCAUCUAGUUACCCACUCUGGAAUUAAGGCAUACAGCUGUGACAUUUGUGGAAAAAACUUCAGUCAAAUAGGGAACCGAAAUAAACACCUACGCAUUCACACCGGACAUGAUAUGUACUGCUGUGAUCAGUGUGGCAAACAUUUUAUAACAGACACACACCUAAAACGCCACAUUUUUACCCACACUGAGGAGAGACCUUAUAAAUGUGACCUGUGUGAGAAGACUUUUAAAUCUCCACAUUACCUGAGAAAACACCAACAGAUCCACACCAGAAAGGGACUCUACAAGUGCAGUUACUGUGAGAAGCAGAGUGACACAGAUGGAUCCAGUUCUCAACCCUGUCAUCACUGUGGAGGUGGGAAAGACUUUCGCUAUGACCUUUGUGGAAAAACUUUCAGUUACCGAGAAACCCUUAAAAUACAUCAACAUAAACACACUGGAGACAAGCUGAACUACUGCAAAGAAUGUGGGAGAAGCUUCACCACAUUAAGUGGAUUAAAAUGACAUGAACUCAUUCACAAUGGGACCAAAAAGCACCUCUGUGAUCAGUGUGGGUCAUCUUUCAUUACUGCAAGUCACCUUAAAACACACAAACGAGUCCACACAGGAGAGAAACCAUACAAUUGCAGACACUGUGACAAAAGCUUCUCACGAUCAGAUCCUCUGAGCCGUCAUGAACGUACACAUAUUGACGGAAACUACAGCUGUGACCAGUGUGACAAGAGCUUCAGGAAUCUCAGUUCAUACUCAAAACACAAACGAUCCCACGUUACUAAUAAACUGUUUCACUGUUACCAAUGUGCCAAAACAUUCACUUCAUUAUCUGCUCUGUGCAAACAUCAGUGUGAUCACUCAGGGCUGAAAUCACUCCCAUCACAGUGAAUAUGAAGAGACAGAAAGGUCCUCUUCUGGUUUCAAGGUCAGACUCAAAACUCUUGAGAUCAGGCUCCACAGAGUUCAAAUUGAAUCUCCUGUAAAGAUCUGAUGAGGCAACUAUGAAUGAAAAUUGUUCUCUAGUCUGAUUUUAAGCUUUCUAAACUGUUCUGCUUCAGAGCUCACGUCGAGUGGUUUGCUUUGUUCCAGCAGUUGGAUGAAGAAGUUUGAGCUGUGAUUUCAUUUCCUGUAUUUCAGAGUAAAUACUGAAGUGACAAAUGGAAACAUGUUUACAGUCAGAGUCAGAUGAACUGUUUUCAGUGCCACAGAUGGAGGUUUAUCAGAGGAGGAGACUUGGCUGUUCUCCACUCACACUGAACAGGGUUCCUGCAGCUUAUUAAAAAUCUGACCUGAAAUUUAUGAAAAAUUUCCUUGUAACACUGAGUUACAGUAGGGGGGCUGCUCUGUAAUCCAGUUCAAUAACACAUCUCCUGACAUUAAACAUAAGCUUAUUUAAUAACGUGGAUCUCUUUUUGUCCAGAUUUUUAUUCAGAUGCAGCAACCGUGGUAAGAAUUGAUCCGGAUCUUUACAGAUCUUAUAAUUUUGUAUCAAGUUCAUUUCCUUGUUCAUGCAGAGCCAGAAUUUAGACAUUUUUGGACAAUCCCAUAAAAGAUGCAUAUAAGUGCAGUCAGCUGUUUUAUAUUUGAGACAAAAGGUUGAAAGGUAUUUAACAUAUUUUAUUUUUCCUUAAACUUGCAUUAAAACUUCUGAUGUUGUAUUUAAGAUGUCAAAAUGAUUAAUUUUGGAAAAUAAUUUUUUAAAGUUUUCAUUUGUGGUUUAUCAACGUUUGCUGAUACAAAGCAGGAUGGACCUGUAAAGGGCUACUAGCUACAUUAAGUAGGGGUAUAGAUGUGCACAGGCUGCCUUGAACGACCAGCAGGUAGUGGGAUCUGGGUACGUGAACCCUCCUAGUACAGUUGACCUGGAUACUUACUGUAGCAGCCCUUGGCAUCAAGAACGACAGAAGAGUCUAACAGGUACAGCCAUCUAUUUCCUCACCACACGGCUCAUUCUCUGGCCAUCAUUGAGCACCGUGAAAACUAUAAAAUAAGAAAAAAUUGAUACCCGUACAAUCCUUUUGAACUAUAACAAUGAGCAAUAACAACAAUGAGCUUAAGUUAAUUCAGGUAAGUUCAAACAAGUAAUUCUAACCCACAUAAAAUGAGGGUACCACUUUAAGGAGUGAUAGAUAUGAGGAGAGAUGGACAGCCUGCCCAACUAAUCGAAAUGCACAAGUCCCAGUAUGUUUUGGCCAAUGGGAAAGCAUCCUGCCGCUGUGUGUCCCACCCACCUGCUCCGUGAUCGCCGCUAUGUGUGGAGAAAAGAGAGACUGAAGCUUUCGAGCUGUAUUAGAUAUAAGUUGCAACCAACUAUGCUGCACAUAGGUUCACUGAUUAUCAGCUACCUUCCAUGUUAAGAGUAGCCACAGUGAGUAAACAGGCGAAUGCUGCAGUUUUCUGGCGACUUUAGAAAGUACUGCGUGGGGCUGAACUGUUAGCCUUUGUUAGCUCGUGUUGCUAUCAACUGCCUUAAAGUUUCUCAAUCUGCUUCCAGAAGCAAAGUAACACUUGAAGCGCAACUUGUGUUUAUUUUCCUUCACGUCGUGUUACUGUUAUUAAAGAGAAAAACAACAUGUCCUGUUACGUUAUUUAGAGCCCCGCAUUUUCCGACCGAGAGACACGAUACCAUUGUCUUCGGCCGUGAUGCACUGAGAUCCAUGAGCACACGUUGUAUGUCUAAGUUAGUUCACGUCUGUUUCACAUUUUAUCGUUGAGAAACUGAAUUUAACUGAAUUGUUUGAUUAAUAGUUGUCGCACAUGCACUGACUUUACUUGGUUUAAUGCAUAGUUUGUGUAAGAGAGAUGUUUUAUUUUUGCAAAUUUGAGUAUUUUAAUUGCAAAUUGAUGUUGAAUGUGAUUUCAACAAAAUCUUAAGUUGUGAAUUAUAGUUAGAACAGCAUAAUGAAUAUUUGAAUUGCUCUUCUGACCCUGUCUGUUGACAGGUCAGGGGGUUUUUUUUGUAUGCUGAAUUGUUCCUGAGGUGGAUUCCUCCGGUGAAAUAGAUGGCGAGCCUUCCAACCUGGACUUAGAGAGACUGAGAUUCGUUUCUUUUCUACGUGAUGAUCUGCUGCACCUUGCGGUGUGGUAGGACUGUAUCACUCACACUUUCACACACCGCUGGUUAUACAUAAGACCACCGACUGACAUUCUCUCACCCCUAUUUUCUUUCACACCUUUGGGAAUUUUUUGGACUUUACCCCUUGGACAUUUUUUAUUUGGGACUUUAAAUAAUAAGCUGUUGUGUAGAAUAUUAUCCACAUGUGAAAAGAGUGUGAGAUUUUCACUUGAUUGUACUUUAGAUUCGUGUAAUCUGUUUCUAUAAGACUUAAGGAGUCAGGUUACUAGGGUGCACCCGAACAUUGAAACCCGAAUGUUGAAACCGAACAUUGAAAACCAAAAGUAACACUUGGCCAAGUCAUUGUUUUAAUAGUUUAUGUGUUUUACUUUUCUUUCAUUUUUUUAAGUUUCCUUUCUACCAUUGUAAAGUGUCUUUAACCUGUGCUUGACAACCUUAUAGUGUAUUUCACUAAAGUUUUCUGGUUCUUUUGAGUUACA